GGGCUUCUGUCUCUCUCUCAUUCAUAUUAGAUAUCAUUCUCCAUUUAUCUUUCUUACUCUGCUAUAGAUUCUCUCUUCUAUAACUUCCUUUACGUUUCGCUUCUGAUCCGAGGCAGGAUUCACAGCUCCUGGGUCGAUCGGUUUCCUGAAUCUGAUCACAACCAAGUCCUGCUCUUUUUGGCUUCCAACAAGGAUGGAGUUGGAUUGUUCAUGUAAGCUGUUUAUUGGUGGGAUCUCUUGGGAAACCACUGAAGAUCGUCUCCUCCAGUAUUUUCAGACCUUUGGUGAGGUUUUAGAGGCUCUUGUCAUCAAGGACCGUCUCACUGGUCGUGCCCGUGGCUUUGGUUUUAUCGUCUUUAAAGACUCCAGUGUCGCUGAGAGUGUCCUUCUCCAGAAACACAUGAUUGAUGGUAAAUCUGUGGAGGCGAAGAAGGCAGUUCCAAGAGAUGAUCACAUAUCACUGAACAAAAGUAACAGUAGCCUCCAGGGCUCCCCUGGUCCAGCACACUCCAAAAAGAUAUUUGUGGGAGGAUUGGCAUCAUCAGUGACGGAGCCAGAGUUCAAGAAGUACUUUGCUCAGUUUGGGACAAUCAUUGAUCUUGUGGUGAUGUAUGACCACAAAACUCAGCGCCCCAGAGGCUUUGGCUUUGUAACAUACGACUCAGAAGAGGCUGUUGACAAAGUGCUGCAGAGGAAGUUCCAUGAACUCGGUGGUAAGAUGGUUGAGGUCAAAGUGGCCGUCCCUAAGGAAACGUCUCCCAGCCCAAACCGGAACAUUAUCAGCUUAAGUAACUUUGGAAGUAGCAGGAUGAGUUUGUCGCUCAACGAUUACACCCAAGGGUUUAACCUGAGUCCAACCUCAGCCCACGGAGUGAAACCUGAAGUCAGGUACAGUCCAGCGGUGAGUAACCAAGGCAGCUUCUCUCCGUUUGGCCACGGAUUCGAGAUUGAUCUGGAUUUUAUGGAGGGAAACCACAAUCAGAGUUAUGUUAAUAGAUCCAAUGGAGGCUUUGGAAGGCCGUUUAGCCCUGGAUAUAAUGCAAGUCGCCAAGGGAACGGUUCUGUUAACCGAAAUCAACUAUGGAGGAAUAAUGGUGGUGGUGUGAGUUACAUGUCAAACGCUGAGUUAAGUGGAGGGUUUAAUGGGAACUAUGGAGUAGGAAGCGUAGGAGAGAAGUGGGGAACAGUCGGUGAAGGACGUAUCAACUACGGUAGAAGCAAUGGAUUGGGUAUAGGGUCUAGAGGAGGAGUUCAUAUGAGCAGUUUGGAUUGGGGAAUGUCCAGCGAAGGAGGGAUGCACGGUUUUGGAUACAUGAACAACACAGAGGAAUUGCUGCUAGCUUAGAGGCUUGACAUAUCUACAUUUAGGGAGAUGAGAUGAUUUUGGCGUGAGUUUUUAGAGAGAAACUUAUUAGUCCCAUAAAUUUUCAAAUUUUGAGCUUCUUUGCUUUUUGUUUUAGUUUGAUAUUUGUUUUUUUUUUAUCCUUGUUUUGUUUUGCUGUAAAAUGACAAAUACAAAUGGACUAAACACAAGAAAUAGAGAGUUUUAUACUUUCAUGUCACUGUUUGGGUAUCUAAAGCAUUUUGUUUUUUU